CCACAAAGCAAUGUUGCAGCUUCUAACAUUUUGUGCUUUAGUUUUGUGUGUAUCUCCGACAACAACCCCCGGGCCAGUAGCACAGCAAGUUGUACAAACCCGGCACCGGAAUGCCUGUUCACUAAUUGUUUGUCCACCAGCUGAGAGAGGCUUACCAGGGACAGAUGGGAGAGAUGGGAGAGAUGGACUCCAAGGGCCAAAGGGAGAAAGGGGAGAACAAGGUCCCAAAGGAAAUGCUGGAGCCGAAGGUCCCCAAGGUGCUCCUGGCCCCAAAGGAGAUCGAGGAUCAGUGGGUGAAAAGGGAUCAAAAGGAGAUGUAGGAGCCAGAGGGUUACAAGGAGCAACAGGACCACAAGGACCUGAGGGGAGGACAGGCCCUCCUGGAUCAAAAGGAGAUAAAGGCUCUACGGGAGAAAAGGGGACAAAGGGUGACAGUGGUCUCUCAGAGGUCAACUAUAUGAAAAACAAAGUCAGUGCCCUUGAAAGACAACUAAAAACCUUACAAUCCAGUUUUUCCAAGUAUCAAAAGGUUGCAGCAUUCCCAGGUGGUCGAAUUGUUGGCAACAAAGUCUUUAUAUCCAGUGGCUAUGAAGGCAACUUUAAUGAUCUGAGGCAGAGGUGCUGGCAAGCAGGUGGCCAGUUGGCUUCCCCCAGGAAUUAUGCCGAGAACAUAGCAAUUAAAGAUAUUGUUGUUCUAUAUCAGAAAUCAGCAUUUCUAGGAAUAACUGACAUCCAAACAGAGGGGACAUUUAGAUACUCGAAUGGUGAGAGAAUUGUUUAUUCCAACUGGGAAAUAGGAGAACCAAAUAACCAAGAUGUUGAGGAGGACUGUAUUGAAGUCUAUUCAAGUGGCAAAUGGAACGAUAAAUCCUGUGGGGAAAGGAGGUUAAUAAUAUGUGAAUUUUAGGCCAUCCAUCA